AAAAAAGUGCGAGGCGGAGGAGGAGCUGAGACGGGGAACACAUUCUCUCUCUCUCUCUCUCUCUCUCUCUCUCUCUCUCUCUCUCUCUCUCUCUCUCUCUCUCUCUCUCAUAAACAACGCAUCCCCGCCAGCAUCCGCCCGCAAAGAAGAAAAGUCAGGGAGUGAUCCAAAGAAACUUAAAAAAAAAGAAGAAGGACUAUCUCGAGAUAAAAGGCGAUGGCGGUGGCGGUCAGCAGGGAUCUGACGGUGCAGGUGCUGCAGGACGUGAACGCUGCCAAGCUAACUGACAGACAGCAGGCGGUGCACGCGGCUGUCAAGAGAGGAGAUCCCAAAUGUCUGGGGGUGAGUACCCCCCCCCCCCGAGCACUGAGCACACAGAGCGGGGGAGGGACGAGUGGGUUGUCUCCUGUCCCCUGGGUGUGGGAUGUCCCCCCGGGCUGUCUGUCUCCUGUCUCCCAGUUCAUCACAGCAGGAGUGGUCGCCAUCGUCUUGGACAAACACAGCACCAUGAAGACUCUGCAGGUGUGUUUGCUGGCGAGCUUGGCGUCCACUGUGCUGUCGGCGGUGGCGGUGAUCAUCUACUCGGUGGACAUAGACAGGAACCCGGAGGUGCUCUGCGACGACGCGCCACGUAACGACUGCGAAGUGGAGCACUACGCCUCGAGGCUGAGCCGGGGGAUCAAGUCGGCCCUCCUCGUCUUCACCCUGGCCCAGGCAGCCGUCUCGGCCGUGCUCGGCUUCCUUCUCUUCCGGCACAGACGCGGCUUCGCGCAGUACGCUUCCCUCACUCAGGCCGUGUCGUCCAGCCCUACAUUACUCAUCCCCCCCAACCUGAACUGACCAAUCAGGGGACCUGUAGGACCACCCCUCAUCCCAGCCUCUUCCACAGAGCCGACUCAUCCCCUGUUCCACGUGCAAGGACUUUGACUAUAUGCUUGUAACUAUGACUUAUUCAAUUCAUUUAUUUUAUUUAGUGUCAAAUCAUAAAGGACGGAAUCUCAGGACCUUUGUCUAGAGACUCUAGAUCUAGACCCAUCAUUCCC